AUGUCUGCUACAUCUAAUAGCAAUAAUAUCGGAUUUGGCCAUAUGAACAGUCUCAUUGGUCGAAACAGUACUCCAUAUUCUAUUGGCCACUCACGAUUCUCCAUGCGCGACAUGAUGGAACGCGCUAACUGGAGCCACCGCGAUCACGGCUACCCCGUAGGAGAUCAACUCCUGACUCCUGAUGAUCAAGCAAGGCUGCAUUCAUCACAACAGCCGCCUGUUGUUCCCCUCCAAUUGACAUCAUUUCCAAAUUCUCACAAGAGGUAUCUUAACGAAGACUACCACCCCUGUGGAUUGUUCUAUUGCCUUGGCAACACCAAAUCGAAUCGCGAUACCCGUAACGUCUCAAAACACACCCGCCAUCGCGUUGAGCUGACCGCCGCAAGGAUGGCGGAAAUCGCACCCUUUACACUGGACGCACCUACCGUCCUGUCCAUUGGCUUUGCCUUGUCUUUUAUGCCCAUCGCCUUUGGGCUCGCCGUCUUCCUGAUACCCGCCAACCAGAAGCGCAACCGCGUGCUGUUCUUCUGGCACGCGUACGAUGCUCUCACCCACCUGUUCAUCGAAGGCUCCUACCUCUACCAAUGUUUCUUUAGCUACACCACCGUCCCCAGCGGCGUCCUCCGGGAGCCUUACUUUCUGGGCUACAAAGACCGGCUCUACGGAGCCGCGUACGGCACCGGGCCCAGUGCGCGCCUCUGGCAGGAAUACGCAAAGGCCGAUCACCGCUGGGCUGUUGCCGAUGCCACCGUCAUUUCCCUCGAGCUGCUGACCGUCUUUUUGGGUGGGCCGACGGCGGUUUAUAUCUGCUAUCUCCUGUACCAGGCGUCGAAUUCCAAGGCAAGCGCGCAGGCUCGCGGUGCCGCCAAGUCCAAGCUGUGGCUGGUUGCGCCCGCUCUUGCGACGGCGGAAUUGUAUGGCGGAUGGAUGACUUUUGCGCCCGAAUGGCUGACGGGCAGCACGCAGCUCGAGACGGGUCACCCCGUGUACUUGUGGCUUUAUCUGGUCUUCUUCAACACGCUGUGGGUGUACGUCCCGUUAUGGGUGCUGUGGGAGGCUGCCAAGGAGCUGAAGAAGGCAUUCGUUGCCGCAGAGAGCACCACGCAAGGCAAAAAGAAAGCAUAA